GCCAGGUUACGGCGGGCGCCGGAAGGGGGCGCAUCCCUCGCCUUUCCCCAAUGUGGCGGGCAGCCCCGUCUCCCCGCUCGGUUUCCGGGAGUCGGUGGCGAUGGCGUCAUCACCGAGCGCCGGGCCGACGGCAGCGCGGAGGUCGGCUGUGACCAGGGAACAUGCUGAGCCGGCUUCAGGAACUGCGCAAGGAGGAGGAGACGCUGCUGCGGUUGAAGGCAGCCCUGCACGACCAGCUGAACCGCCUCAAGGUUGAAGAAUUAGCCCUCCAAUCAAUGAUCAGUUCUAGAAGAGGGGAUGAGAUGCUGUCUUCUCACACUGUACCUGAACAGUCACAUGAUAUGUUGGUGCAUGUAGACAAUGAAGCAUCAAUCAACCAAACGACCCUGGAGUUGAGCACAAAGAGUCAUGUGACGGAAGAGGAGGAAGAAGAGGAAGAAGAAUCAUCAGAUUCCUAAAGGGGGAAAGCCAGGCUGGUCAGUUAUACAAAUUGCAUUUCUAAGUCUCAGGCACUUCUCCUCAAGGAACUCAUCUUGCCCUGGGCCCUGUGAUCUGCUUGAAAGGAAAGCAAGAACUAUAAGGAGGAUGUGUAGUUGCAAAAAUGACUCCAUCCGUAACUCAAGCUUCAGAAUGUUAUGACAUACAGAAAAUCAAAGAUGCUGUGUCUUAGCAUUGAGCAAUAUGGGUGGUGCUGUCUGUAAUCUGGUCAGAUUCGGUUAACUGUUCAAAACAUUUUCCUCUGAAAUACUGUUAGGAAAGUCUGACAUUUGCAAAAAGAGCAGAGUUUAAAUACAAGCCAGUCUUUCCAGUCAACAAUGCCUCUUUGAAGAAAACCAAUUAAAGGCUGUUUGCAUGCCGCUGAAUCAGUCUAGGACAGAAAGAUGACAAGGGGAAGGACUGAGGGCCAUCUGAGAGCACAAGCUUGCUACCUCUCAGAGGCAUUGAAAUACUGCAUGCUAUAAACUGCUUUGUGUAGCUGUUAUCACCUCUCACUUGAGACAUCACUCACUGGUAAAAUGUUUUUAUAAAUAAAUUAUAAAUAGCCAUCAUGGAGCCUGCUGGUUUCUAGAUCGUGACAGAGAAGCAGCAGUUCCUUCUCUGAGGAAAAGAUACAACAGGAUGGUUUGAAAUCCAUUUCUAGCCCUUAAGAGAGAUGUGCCAUGCUUGGAAGACUGGAUUUUUUUUUGUUAUUUGUUUGAGACAGUUUCACUCUUGUUGCCCAGGCUGGAGUGCAAUGGUGUGAUCUCAGCUCACUGCAACCUCCCCCGUCUGGGUUCAAGUGAUUCUCCUGCCUCAGCCUCCCGAGUAGCUGGGAUUACAGGCACGCAUCACCAUGCCCGGCUAAUUUUGUAUUUUUAGUAGAGACAGGGUUUCUCCAUGUGGUCAGGCUGCUCUCGAACUCCCAACGUCAGGUUUUCUGCCCGCCUCAACCUCCAAAAGUGUUGGGAUUACAGGCGUGAGCCACUACGCCAGGCUAGAAGACUGGAUUUUUGUAACAGAGUAAGAGUUGUUACUUCAUAUUUGAAGUUGAGGUUCAUUUCUGCAUACUGUCCCUUUUCCACUAACUACUAUACUGUGAAAUAAGUAGUUGCUUAAUUUUAUAAAAUUAAUUUCCCCUGCUCAAGCAACAGUAAAAGCCAAACAAAACACAAAGAAUCAUGUCAAGCAGAACUUAUGCAGCAGUUCCCAAAUAAAGCAAAGAAUACCUUUUUUUGUUAAUCCACAUUUCAUUGAAGUUAUUUUGAGCUGCUCUUAGAGGAAACAGCCAGAAGUUUAAAUGAGCAUGUUACUUAGAACACACAAUAGGAAGAUAGUUUGGGAACAAAAAGCAUCAAGGUACAUAAAUUUUGGGGGUCUUAUUUACAAUACAAGCAUGGGUUUGCAAAGUUGGAAAGAUUGACUAUGAAUUCCAGCUCUACCACUAACUGCUCCCUUGUCCUCCCACCUCUUUGCAACUCACUUUCCCAUCUGUAAGGUGAAGAUACAUGUGUUCUAGCAGUUUCACAGGUUGCUAUGAGGUGCUAAUGAGAUCAUUUGAAACUCCUACUAUCAUUGGUAUCUCAGUAAGAAUCUGGCACUGGGAGCUCAAAACACUGCAAGAUUCAUGCGGGGAUCAUAAUUCUUGGUUAAAAAUUUAAAAACAAAAAAAUCUAAGCACCCCUCAGAAGACACUGAGCAUGAAAGUGGUCAGAUCUGGGUUUUGGAUACCGGUUCAUAACAUUUCUCCUAAGGAUGUAGUAUUCUCAUUUUAAUGAAACAUUCUCAGUAGUGGUGGUAUCCUGUCAUUUGUAAAAGACACAGGGUGUAAAUGUUAAAACCCAGCCUGAAUGUUUAUGUGUUGAAAAUGUGUAAGUUGAACUGUUGACUUAGAAAAGCUAUACCUCACAGUGAGAAAAAAAAAAAAAGCUGACUAGCUUAGGCAGCAGUAUAUACAACACUGAUCAUUUUUUACAAAUCCUGGCAGUAUCCCAAUUUCUGGUACCUCUAGAUUGGAACUACCUACUUAGAAGAUAUUUACUCUUGUUUUG